AACCAGCUGUGUCCAUCUCACGCGCACGCACAUACACGUUGUAACAGACAACAUACAUUAACUGAAGACAAGUUAACAAGAAGAAGUUACAAUUUCAGGUCCGAUGGUUCCGGUCGGCCUCGCUGCAGGACGUCUGGUGCUGCUUCUUUUUCUUCUUGUCCUACUGGGCCUGGUGAUGUUCUGUCUGUGGAGGAGCAAGAGGAGACGUGAUCGCAGACGAUACCAGCAGCCGGUCGCCGCUGCGCCUCACAUCCCAGCAUGCACCGCUCCGGUCGUCCCGGUUUUGCAAGGCUCUUACGCCAGGCCCGGCGAGAUCCCGUUCACGUUGCCGCCUCGCUUCACGACGUCUCAGAGCGACACGGAGGAGAGCGAGGAGAAGGCGGAGGUGAUGAAGACGGAGGCUCGCAGGGACAUUCUGGCCCAUCGGGGAUCUCUCUUCGUUCAGAGUAGGUCACCACUGCUGCUACAGCCCGCCCGUCUCUGCUUCUCGGUGGAGUACCGUCACGGCAGCGAGCAGCUGGCCGUCUCCUUGCGCCGCCUGGGCAACCUCCCGCCUCGUUUCCACGACAACGUCACCCUGGUGCAGCUCCGUCUGCUGCCAGACGACCGACGCCCCCGCCAGGCCAGGGCCAGGGGCACCGGGCCCGACCCGGAGUUCAACGACCGCUUCCUGUUCCAGGUGUCAGGAGUGCAUGUGUCACAGACCACGCUCAGUGUGGGCGUGCUGAGCGUGUCACAUGACUGCAAACGCCACGCGGUGGGCCGGGUGCUCUUUCCCCUGCAAGGAGAGCUGGGACAGGCUGGCAGGGUGCUGUGGAGGGACCUGGACACUGAAAACCACCAUCACGUAUGUGCACAGGUGGCACACACAAUCCGUUCCAGCCACAAAUAAAAAUGAUGGCGUGUGCGCUUUGGCCACCAGAAGCAGUACAAUAUACUGCACACAUGAAGAAGACAGUCACAACUGCUCAGUAAGCUGCAGUAAUAUUAUUAUUUUUUUGCAGAGGAUAAAGAAUCUAUGCCCGUAAGUAUUAUUUUGUUUGUCAGGUGUUGCUCCACCGUUUGUGUUCACGUAUCCGUUGCUUAAAGUUUUGUAACUAACUAACGCAACAUCGUUCCUAGUUUUGUUAGCCCGUCCGUUUAAUUUUACAGUAAACUUCAAUUGGGAGUGGCAAUAAACAGCUUGAAGCAAGCACUUGGCUUUGUUUUUUUUCACUAUCUGCCAAACUACUGCUUGUUAAGAAGUUCGCUAGCACCAUCUAGCACUAGUAACUCCAAUUUUUGCUUGCAACUCAAGACCAAAAAAGAAAAAGGUUGGCUGACAGCUCGUAAAUCGAGGUACCGCUAUAUUUGGUGCGUUGACCAUUUUCUAGUUGUCCUAUAGCAUUGCAUGUCAUCCCACUAGGCCCCGCCUCUUAAAGGGACAGACACUACAAUAUAUAUUAUUUUCUAUACUUAUAUUUUAUGCUUCCAAUUAUUUUCUUUGUGUUCAAAUACAUUUUAAAUGUGUUUAAAAAGUGUGUUUUAAUAAAUUUAAAUGGGUUUUAGGCAUGUUGGAGUGGUAAAAGUAUAUAAAAAAUAUAUCUAUUUAUUUUUAAUAUGGUCUCCCUGUAUCGCAGUUUCUAAUCUAUUGUGGGCGCGUCUGGAAUGUUUUCCCCACGGUAAAGGGGCCGUUCAUGUACGCCAGGAGCUUGCAGUUGCAGGAUUGGAUGGACAUCGUCAACACACCACACUAGGAGGUCAAAAUGUGGCACGGACUCUGCACGGCCGCUUAGAGCCUACUCAACCUUGUGUGCAGGUUGUAUCUGCAAUAUUUGACAUACAGUAUAUGGAAAUACAAGCUACUGAGACAAACUGACUCAGGGGUUGAUUCGUUCCAAUUUGACAAUGAUGCAAUCAUUUCAGGUGAGAUGUUUCACACAAAAAGAGAAAAUAACUUAAAACGUGUUGAACAUUAAAUUUUCGAAGUGUCGUUGAGUUUAUAAAGCAUUUUCUUGUGAAGUACAAGUCAAAAAAUAAAUAAAUAAAAAAUGUAAUACCGUUCCUGUCCAGCGAGUAGCGCAGCCUUUGUACUUUUCUGAGCAACUGCGAUUUUAAGCUUAGAGUGAGAACUAACCCGGAAGUCAAUUUGC